AUGAUGGACCUGCAGAAGCCGGGCCUCUUCGUCCAGACGGGCCCGUCGACGCCGCGCGACGCGCACCACGACUGGGACGAGGAGGCGCGCAAGCUCUUCCAGCGGCUGAACAUCGACGCGGGCGGCGGCCGCGACAAGUACCGCAACGUCGACGCCGUCUACUGCCACCCGACGACGGGCGCGAAGCUCUUCAUCGGCAACCAGACGGCCGCGCGGUCCGAGAGCGUCCUCGUCGGCGAGGCGAUCUUCCACGUCGUCAACUGCCAGGACGCGUCGUCGGCCAACUUCUUCGAGGGCGACCCGCGCUUCCACUACCGCCGCUUCCCCGUGUCCCACUGGUGGCAGCACGACGGCAUGGACGCGCCCGACGGCGUCCUCAAGUUCUUUGAGGACGGCUGCCACGCGUGGAUCGCGGACGCGCUCGCCGGCGGCCACAACGUCAUGGUCCACUGCCUCGCGGGCGCCCACCGCGCGGGCACGACGGGCGUCUCCUUCAUGAUGCGCGAGGGCCGCUUCGACACGGCGACGGCCAUCAAGCUCGCCAAGUUCCAGCGGCCCAUCGUCGACCCCUUCGGCCAGCUCCACGAGCUCCUCAUGCGCCUCGAGGCCGCGUACACGGCCAAGGGCCGACCACCCACGACGCCCCACCGCAACUUCAAAACAAGCACCAUGGCCAACAAAUCCGCGACGGCGAUCCUCGUCGACGCCAAGGCGCUCCGCCGCGACCACGGCGACGCCAUCCUCGAGGCCGCCGUCGAGGUCGCCAAGUACUUCGCCCUGGGCCGCGGCGGGAACCCGCCGAAGACCAACGAGGUGAGCGUCGCGGCCUUCAACACGGCGGACUCGGUGAAUCCGCUCCAGGCCCGGGACCCGGACCAGGGCCGGCACGUGACCAUGGAGCAGCGGCUCGAGAAGCCCGGGCCGAACGUCUUCCGGCUCCUCUCCCGGCCGCCGGGCGAGUGGCCCGCGGCGGGCGCCGACGACGAGAGCGGCGCCGUCGACGGCAUCAUCUACGCCGUCGACGAGAUCAAGGCGCGCGUCGCGCAGCUCAAGUACGCGAAGCGCGUCUUCGUGCUCACGGACGACCGCUUCGAGCUCGCGGACGCCGACGGCAUGGACGGCGCGGUCGCCGAGUUCAAGGGCUGCCUCGACUACGCGGUCAAGACGGAGGGCUUCGGCUUCCACGCGCUCGUGGUCGGGGCUGCGCUCUCCGACGGCUGCGAAUGGCUCCUCAAGGCGGCGACGAAGAUCGCCGCUAAGAAAACGAGCGGCUCCUUCGACCUCUGCGGCCCCGCGGACGCGGCCGUCGUCGCCGCGGAGGCGUGCGGGCGGCUCGGCGCCGCGACGCGCGCGGGCAAGAUGCAGAUCCGGCUCCUGGGCCUCGCCGUCGACGUCAAGGCCACGAAGCUCGUCAAGGCCGCGGCGACGCCGCCGCUGAAGAAGGAGGCCGCGGAGAGCGGCGGCGACGUCGCGCGGUCGACGGCGAACGCGGUGGCGGGCCAGACGGACGACGUCCCCGACGAGGACAUCGUCAAGGGCUGGAUGUACGGCGGCGAGUACCUGCCGACGCCCGACAACGCGUCCAGCGGCCACGGCCGCGAGGCCGAGGACGACGCGGGCGAGGCGUGCCGCGUCCUCGGCUUCGCGGCCGAAUCGAGCCACGACGUCAUGACGUCGCUCGGCGACGCGCUCCGCGUCCACGCCGCCGACGGCGACGCGCGCGGCGCGGCCUUCCUCGCGGGGCUCGCGCGGGCCCUGACGUCCGCCGGCGCCGUCGCCGUCUGCCGCUGGCGCAACACCGCGCGGAAGAAGGAGGAGGACCUGCGGCUGCUCGUCCCGGACCGCGCCGACCCGGAGGCGCUCGUCGCGCACUGUGUCGCGCACCGCGCGCCCUUCACGGACGACCUCCGGAGCGUCGCGGACCUCGCGCCCCUCGACCUCGCGGCGCCCGAGUUCGCGGCCGCCGCGCGGGGCAUGGUCGCGCGGCGGACGCUGCCGCCGGACGCCGUCGCGGCGCUCCUCGCGACGAACCACCCGGGCGUCGCGACGUGCCAGGACCUGCUCGUCGCGCGCGCGGUCGGCGGCGCGCCGGACGAGGCCGGCAUGGCCCGCCGCAAGAAGGCGCGCUACGCGCGGCUGGCGCCGGCGCCCGUCGACACGGGCGACGCCGACGACGCCUGGGGCGCGGCGCUGAAGCGGACGCUCGAGUCCGCCGCCGCCGCCGCCGCCGCGUCGACGAAGAAGAAGGAGCGCUGGGCCGCGGCCGCGCCGCCGGACGACGGCGCCGACGCGGCGCCCGCGGCCGACGCGCCCGCGGCCGCGGCGCCCGAGAAGCGCGACGAGCUCCCGGACUUCGACGACGCGCUCGCGGCCGCGGCCGCGGCGACGCCCUUCGCGGCGGCCGCCGGGGCGGGCGACGCGCCGCCGCCGGCCGCCGCCGCGCCGCCGCCGGCCGCCGCGCCCAUGGACGUCGGCGGCGACAGCGACGACGACGACUUCGCGUAA